AGUGAAUCCGCUUCCCGGUCCAUUUCCUUGGGUGCCUAUCCUAGGAAAUACUUUAGAUGUGAUCAAAUAUAAGUUAAACAUAGCACAGUAUUUAAAAGAUGUUCAAUUAAAAUAUGGGGAUUUCUGUGAAGUUCACUUUGGUCCUAAAAGAAUUCUUUUAGUUUCAAAUAGUGAUAUGGCAUAUCCAAUUCACACAUCUUCAGUGGCUCAUAAUUAUAAAUUUUUAUAUCGUGAUUUACCAAAUCCUGGAAUAUAUGAAUUAGGCAUGGAUAAUUGUGGAAUUAUUGGUAAUAGAAAUUUGGAUGAAUGGAAAAUAAAUCGUGAAUUCUUUAUAAGAAUAGCAAUGUCAAAAAAAUUUUUAAAAAUGCUUACUGAAAAAACUUAUGAAAAGGCUACUGAUAUGUUUAAAUUAUGGGAUAUUAUGAUAAAUGAUAAGCGAGAUGUUGAUUUUUCAAAAUGGCUAGAAAAGCUUAAUGGAGAUAUAGCGAUCUCAACAUCAACUGGACUAUCUGCUUAUUCAAUGUUUUCUUAUUUUAAUUCGCUAGGAUAUGAUUAUAAUCUUGAUUAUAUUACAACUUCAGAACAGGAAAAAUCUUCGAAAUUGAUUUCUAUUAUUAAUUCCUUUUUUAAAGCAUCACAAUGGUUCACAUUCACACCACCUUUUAUAAGACAUGCUCCUGGCAUAAGUUACUUUAACAACAAGCUUUUAAACGUUGUAAAAAACUUGGAAGUCAUUUUACUUGAAGUAAUUCAAAAAAAACGUGCGGAAAUCGAUUUAUUACCUAACGAUACUUUACUCCCGUCCGACUUUUUAACAUUGCUCCUUACCGUCAAUACGCCACGGGAUCUAGAUCAUGCUUUAUAUAAGUCAUUAAACCGGUCGUUGAAUAAUCAUGAAAUUUUUGGUGUUAUUAGAGACAUUUUCUUGGCACUUUCUGAGAUCAACGAGAAAUUUGGUCAUUCAAUAUCUUUAAAUUCCCUUUACGAGGAUAUAGAUAAACUAUCAUAUUGUGACGCUUUAAUUAAAGAAGCACUUCGCUUAAAUCCUCCAUUUCCAUAUCUGCCAAGAUCGAAUUCUGAACCUGUAGAAGUUGGUGGAUAUUUAUGGAAAGAGGGACAAACAUUUAUAUUACAUUACCAGAGAAUAAAUGUUAACAAAGAUGAUUGGGUUGAUGCUGAAAUUUUUGAUCCUGAAAGGUUUUUGAAGAAUGAGAAUAGUAAGCGAUCAAUGAAUGCUAAAGAAGCUAAUAAUAAAAGAGCCGCUGCAACAUUUGGUGGUGGUGCUAGGGUUUGUCCGGGAAAGCUCUGGGCGCUAAUUGAAAUAAAAGUACUUUUAGUGGCAGUCUUAAUGAGAUAUGACAUGGAAUUUGUAAAUAAAGAUCAAGAAUUGGACUUAUUUUGUGAUUCAUCUUAUCAUUGGCGAGAACUUAGAAUCCGUUUAAGACCUAGAAUACAGGAAGAAUAG